UCAUGUGUUAAGGGAUUAAAUUUCAGCAGGAUAGACACUCAAAUGACUAUGAAAGUAAAGUUUAGAGGUCACUGGUAUAAACCAGGCACUGUAUUCAUUCUUGAUAAGAACUCAGAUGGUUUAGUACUUGGUGAAGUAAUGUUUAUGCUGUCUAAAGAAAAAACAUUGUAUUUUGUGCUCAACAGAUUUCAGACACUUUGGUUGAGUGAUUAUGGCCUGUAUGCUUUCAAAAUCCACUCUGAACAUCCUAACUCCCAGGUUUACUGCUAUACACCUAGAGAAAUAUUGGACAUCAACCCACUGCCUGUAUACAUAGUGGACGGUGUGAAAUACAUCUCUCUUCAGAGAGCAGUCUGCUGUAUCUGAGUACAUGGAUUAUGGAACCCAGCAACAAAGGUAACAGUGCUGUAACCUACAUUCAUUUCACCUUCUCUUGACCAUUCAGGGAUUGAACAUCCUUCACUUCACUGGAUUGUCAAAGAUAAUGACAAUGUGGACAGUAAUUCACUGUAAUGUUUAACUCAAUGAAAUGAACAUUGCCAUGCCUUUGUUUGUAACGACAAUAUACCAAAGAAGCAAUAAUUUCACCAUACUAAAAAUUAAAAAUGUUAAAGCACUGCAACACUCAUUUCAUCACAUUAAAUGUUACAACUAUUUUAAAAAAACACUUUAAUUUCAUAUAUUUAACUUGCAGGUUGUUUGGGAAGAAUGGACUGAAAAACUAAACAGCAUGGAGCUUGCUGGAGCUUUUGUGUUUUUUUCAUAUGUAGAAUUUGACAAAUUUGUUAGACAUAUUCUGUCAAGGAUACAAGUACUACCAACAAAUGUUCUAGCGAAAGUUAUUUCUGGUCGCUAUCUUUUGAUAAUUUUUCCAGCAAAACAUUUAUUCACAGCUGCCUAUCAUCUGUUGUGUAACAGCUUUCCUGAUAUCAAGUGCAUUGUGUAUCAUUCACCGUUGCCGGGUUUUAUACUUGAUGCUGCCUUCAGAUUCCAAAACAGUAUCUGGUAUGGAGGAAAUCAAAAGAAAAUUGAGGACAACGCUGCCCUCUCUGGAUGACCUAGCUGUGAGGGUUUUGUUAGAGAAGCUUGACAGCCUUGGGGUGGAGAAUUUGGCGGAUCUUGGCCUUCUUCAGUAUGAAGACUUGAGUGAUGUGUUAAAACCAGUACAGAUCAGGAAGCUGUUGAGGCAGGAAUGCUGUGCAGACGCUUCAACAGCUUCAACAAGUGGCCAAGCAUCAUCACAGAGUUCUUGUCCUACAAGCCCAGAAUCUGUGGGAUCAGUCAUUACUCCACGUCCUAUCCAUAUUUUCCGUGACUCAUGUAAUCAGAAUCCAAACUGGGCAAUGACUCUGCAGUUGCCAUGGGAGGAACUGCCUGACAUAGUGACACUACUUGAGCAAGGGAAGCGGCUCCCACAACCCCUUAGAUACACUCUAGUGAGAUCUGUGACUGAUAGAGUGCGGACCAAGACACACAAAGCUACAAAGCGCCAGUUUGGUAUAAUAGCCCAACGUAUGGUGUCAAAGUACCCAUCUUCUCUUCAAGAUAAAAUUGACAACCUUAUAAUUGGCACUGGGUAUGAUUCCAUUCAGGCACAACUAGUUUCCAGAAAUGAAAACCUGAACAGGCCAAAGGACUCAGCUCUUACCUUGAGGAGAAGAUCUGCCUCCAGUGAAGGAGAAGAUGACAAGGUUUCUAAAGUGCCACCUAAGAGAAAAAUGGCAACCGAUUCGUAUGGAUGUGUGAAUUGGGAACCUGUUGUGAAUGACGAUCAACUUCCUGAUCUUGAGGAUAAAAAGAAGAAACUCCAAGACCUACACAAAUGUGACCCCAAGGAUUAUGAUUGGAGCAGGAUAGAAACAUUAAUGAAGGAAACGUUUCCUUUACAGAGACAUUGUAUUAACUACUCUGUUUUGGAUGAAACUCUAACAAAGGAUUGGCCAUUUUUGGGAGAUCAAAGGGGACUCCUAUGUCAUUUUGAAAGCUUGAUUGGUUUUCAUGCGAGAACCAUGUUGGAACAGGCAUAUGACCGCAAAGUGCGCACACUAAACAGAUACUUUCAGAGCGAUGGUUGCGCAAUCAGAGAAGCUGCAAAUGAACUCUUUGCCAAGGCAAAGGAACAGUCAGAGCAGGAUAAUGUCAAGGCUUACUUACCUGUGGUGAUUCUGUGCCUAAUGAAGUUCUUCAGUGAGAAAGAAGAGAGUCUCUUUCUUGUUGUUGAUGCUACGAAGACUUCGACUGAGGUUGAAGAGGAGAACAGCAUCAACUGGCCACGGAUGGUGUUUCUUGGUGAUUCAUACCUAAAUGCUGAGCAGUUUAUGGUUCUAGUUGACGGAAGAGUUCUGGUGAAAAGAAUGACCAGCUUCAUCUCCAGCCUUGCUGUUUUGUUUGGGUCUUAUUAUGUUUUCAACAUUCAGUAUCCAGCAAGUGCUGUUGCAACGCUUGAGUUCAUGCAGAGGUGCUUCUUUGAAAUAAACCCCGACAAGGGAUCCAAGGCAAACAAAAAGAAGAAGACUUCAGCAGUCAACCCCAGGGUGCUGAAACUAAUCCACCAACUAUCCAGUUUCGAAUGGACUAAUGGACUAAUUCCUAGCUGUUAACUUGCUACUGACAGUUGUGAAUUACUUUCAAACGAAAGCAGAUGUUAGUUUGCUGUUCUUUGGUUUUUUUUGUCUGUGAAUAGUUUCACCACCAUUCUGUCUUUUGUAUUUGAAGCUUUCUGACAGAGUACACUUCCCUUGUAAAGAGAGUUGUUAAAGACAGUUGUGAAUUACUUUCAAACGAAAGCAGAUGUUAGUUUGCUGUUCUUUGGUUUUUUUUGUCUGUGAAUAGUUUCACCACCAUUCUGUCUUUUGUAUUUGAAGCUUUCUGACAGAGUACACUUCCCUUGUAAAGAGAGUUGUUAAAGACAGUUGUGAAUAACUUUCAAACGAAAGCAGAUGUUAGUUUGCUGUUCUUUGGUUUUUUUUGUCUGUGAAUAGUUUCACCACCAUUCUGUCUUUUGUAUUUGAAGCUUUCUGACAGAGUACACUUCCCUUGUAAAGAGAGUUGGUAAAGACAGUUGUGAAUUACUUUCAAACGAAAGCAGAUGUUAGUUUGCUGUUCUUUGGUUUUUUUUGUCUGUGAAUAGUUUCACCACCAUUCUGUCUUUUGUAUUUGAAGCUUUCUGACAGAGUACACUUCCCUUGUAAAGAGAGUUGUUAAAGACAGUUGUGAAUUACUUUCAAACGAAAGCAGAUGUUAGUUUGCUGUUCUUUGGGUUUUUUUUGUCUGUGAAUAGUUUCACCACCAUUCUGUCUUUUGUAUUUGAAGCUUUCUGACAGAGUACACUUCCCUUGUAAAGAGAGUUGUUAAAGACAGUUGUGAAUUACUUUCAAACGAAAGCAGAUGUUAGUUUGCUGUUCUUUGGGUUUUUUUGUCUGUGAAUAGUUUCACCACCAUUCUGUCUUUUGUAUUUGAAGCUUUCUGACAGAGUACACUUCCCUUGUAAAGAGAGUUGUUAAAGACAGUUGUGAAUUACUUUCAAACGAAAGCAGAUGUUAGUUUGCUGUUCUUUGGUUUUUUUUGUCUGUGAAUAGUUUCACCACCAUUCUGUCUUUUGUAUUUGAAGCUUUCUGACAGAGUACACUUCCCUUGUAAAGAGAGUUGUUAAAGACAGUUGUGAAUUACUUUCAAACGAAAGCAGAUGUUAGUUUGCUGUUCUUUGGUUUUUUUUGUCUGUGAAUAGUUUCACCACCAUUCUGUCUUUUGUAUUUGAAGCUUUCUGACAGAGUACACUUCCCUUGUAAAGAGAGUUGUUAAAGACAGUUGUGAAUUACUUUCAAACGAAAGCAGAUGUUAGUUUGCUGUUCUUUGGGUUUUUUUUGUCUGUGAAUAGUUUCACCACCAUUCUGUCUUUUGUAUUUGAAGCUUUCUGACAGAGUACACUUCCCUUGUAAAGAGAGUUGUUAAAGACAGUUGUGAAUUACUUUCAAACGAAAGCAGAUGUUAGUUUGCUGUUCUUUGGGUUUUUUUUGUCUGUGAAUAGUUUCACCACCAUUCUGUCUUUUGUAUUUGAAGCUUUCUGACAGAGUACACUUCCCUUGUAAAGAGAGUUGUUAAAGACAGUUGUGAAUUACUUUCAAACGAAAGCAGAUGUUAGUUUGCUGUACUUUUUUUUUCAUCUGUGAAGGGUUUCACCACCAUUCUAGAAUUAGCCAAAUGUUACUUUUCUUUUGUAUUUGAAGGUGUCUAACAGCGUACACUCCUCUUGUAAAGAGUUGCUUGUUCAUGACAGUUGUAAAUUACAUUUGAAUGAAAGCAGAUGUCAGUUUGCUGUACUUUUUUCAUCUGUGAACAGUUUCACCACCAUUCUAGAAUUAGCCAAAUGUUGCUUGUCUUUUGUAUUUGAAGGUGUCUAACAGCGUACACUCCUAUGACAGUUGUGAAUUACAUUUUAAUGAAAGCAGAUGUCAGUUUGCUGUACUUUUUUCAU